CAUGGAUUCAGAAGAGGAGGCUAGAAUAUAUAAAGCAUGAGCAUUUUGUAGUAGAUAUACUAAAACAUGUGCAGGAGCAUACCAUAGAGAAACUCCUCUGAGAAGACGGUUCGCCUAAUAUUCCUGCUAUAAGAAAGCUAUUUGAAGAGGCUGAUCAGGAUGUAGAUAAGUUUGUGUCAGUUCCUGAGCUAAAACAACUUUUCAUGAAAAUCAGAUCAAGAAAAUUAUAUCAGAACGAGGAUUACAAAAGGGACGAGGUAAUUGAAAGAAUUUGAUCUCGACGAUGAUGGAAUGAUUGAUAUGGAUGAAUUUAUCAAAGGUUUCACAAGAUGGAUAGAUGAAACAAAGGAUGCAAUGGGUAAAAGAUAUCAUUCAAAUAAGAUCCUUGAAAGAUAUAUAUGAGGUUAUUCAAAAGCAUUGAUCACAAUAAAGAUGAUGUCAUUUCGAAUGCUGAAUUAAAAGAACAUCAAUGCAAUAUCAAAUUUGGUCCUGCACCUUCGGAUGCUGAUGAAAAGGUAGACAGAAUCAUCAAGCAAUUUGAUGCGAGUGGAGGCGAGAUGAUCAGUGUGGAGGAAUUUGUUACCGGAUUCUCCCAGUGUCUGCACGAUGAAGGACAUCAUUCUCAUCUAUCACUGGAAUCCAAAGAUGAAAUCUACCAAAAGAAUUGGGAAAUGACAGAAAAGCUGCUGCAGAAGGAGACUGAUAGAUCUGCAAUUGCAUGGAUAAAGGCCAUACUUCUUCUGGUUAUUGGAAUAGUAAUAUUAGGACUUCUAGCUGAACCUCUCAGCAAGAGUGUAGGGAGUUUCUCCAGAACAAUAAACGUACCUUCGUUUUUCAUCUCGUUUAUCUUGGUCCCUUUGGCUACAAAUGCAAUAAUAGCAAUAUCAGCCAUCAACGAAGCAAGUCGAAAUAAACAAAGAACUAACUCCUUGACAUUAUCAGAGGUAUGUACAACUGUUCUCUCCUCUUCUUCGUUUAGUUUGAGCACAUCAUUCCCGGUUUGGAUAUCUGCCAUGGCUUUCCUGCUCUAUCCAUUCUCUUCAGUUUUGGUUUACGUUCUCGAUUAUGACUUCUUCGUUUAA